AUGCCGCUUCCUGUGCCAACCAAGCCUCCGGCCUGCUUCCCCCGCUGCUUCCUCACCUACUUCCUCUCUUUCCUCCUCCUGACCACCAUCUUGGCCUCCUACUCUUUGGGCUUCCAACUGGCGAGGCAUCCGCUGAACCUCGCUUCUCUGGGCCUCUACGGUGCCUUCUUAAGCCUCCACUUCCUCGCUCAGGGAUGUUUUGCCUACCUGGAACUGCGCAAGCAUCAGGGACCUGCCCUGCCCUGCAGCUUCUCCAAAACCGUGGCCCUCACUAUUUCUGCCUAUCAGGAGGACCCUUCCUACCUGCGCCAGUGCCUCGAAUCAGCCCGAGACAUGGCCUAUCCAAAGCACCUUCUCUCCAUGGUGAUGGUCGUCGAUGGCAACGGCCCUGAAGAUCGGUACAUGAUGGAGAUGUUCCAGGAGGUCUUUCGUGGUGAAGACUUGGGUACCUACGUGUGGGAGGGCAACUACCACAGUCACCCAACAGCAGAGGAACUGAAGGAGCCCCAACAGCAGGAAGUGGAGGCGUUGAUCAGGAACACGAGAUGUGUUUGCAUCAUGCAGAAGUGGGGUGGGAAGCGGGAGGUGAUGUACACAGCCUUCCGAGCUCUGAGGGACUCAGUGGACUAUAUCCAGGUCUGUGACUCGGACACCAGACUGGACUCAAUGGCAACUGUGGAAUUAGUGAAGGUACUGGAGUCAAACGAGCGCUAUGGGGCCGUCGGGGGGGACGUGCGGAUCCUCAACGUGUCGGACUCGUUCAUCAGCUUCAUGAGCAGCCUGCGCUACUGGAUGGCUUUCAACAUUGAACACGCCUGCCAGUCUUACUUCGACUGCGUCUCCUGCAUCAGCGGCCCCCUGGGCAUGUACCGCAACAACCUAUUGCAGCAGUUCCUGGAGCCCUGGUACCACCAGACCUUCAUGGGUAACAAGUGCACCUUUGGGGACGAUCGGCACCUCACCAACCGCGUCCUGAGUCUCGGCUAUGCCACCAAGUACGCGCCCCGUUCCGUCUGCCGCUCCGAGACGCCUUCCGUCCUCCUGCGCUGGGUCUCCCAGCAGAUGCGCUGGUCCCAUUCGUACUUCCGCGAAUGGCUCUACAUGGUCCGGUGGUGGCCCCAGCACUCCCCCUGGCUGGCCUACGAGGCCAUCGUUUUGGGGCUGUUCCCCUUCCUGGUGGCCGGCACGGCACUGCAGCUCCUUUACAGUGGCCGCCUCUGGGGCUCUCUGUGGGUGCUCAUCUGCAUCCAGGUGGGCAGCCUGGCCAAGGCCUUGUACGCCACCGCCCUCCGCCGCAAUCCCAUCAUGCUCCUGGCUUCCCUCUACUCCGCCCUCUACAUGGCCGCUCUGCUGCCCACCAAGCUCUUUGCCCUGCUCACCCUGCCUUGGGCGGAGGGUUGGGGUACCUCCGGCCGGCUCCAUAUCCGCACUAACUAUUUGCCCCUCUUGCCUCUGCUCGCUUGGUGGGGGGCCGUGCUGGGGGGAUGGAGCUUCGCCCUCUACAGAGAGGCUGUGGGGGGCUGGGGGGAUCUGGAAGCACUGGCCUACGGGUUCUCCGCCUGUCUGGCUCACUGGGGGGUUCUUCUGGGGUUCUACUUGGUGCAGGUGCGUCACGUCUGCCGGCGCCGGCGGGCCACCUACAGCACAGGUUCUGCAUUGUGCACUGCGAGAGGCUCUCCGAAGAAACACAAAGUGUCGUUCACACGAGUCUCGCUAAAGAUGCUGCUGGUGGUGUAUGGCCUGGCUUUCCUCGCCGGGCUGAUGUUAAACGGCUCCGCCGUCUUCAUUGUCUUCCACGGAAAAGAGAGGGCCAUCGACCUGGUGUGGUCCCUCAACCUGGCCAUUGUGGAUUUCGUCUUCAUCUCCCUCCUACCCCUCAGAGUUUGGUCCAUGAGCACCAGCUUCGAUAUCCUUCUGACACUGAACAGCAGCAUCACCGCCGUGCACAUGGUCUCCAGGGCUUUUUUCUUGGCCGCCAUGACCACCUGUUGUACCCUCUCCGUGGCCUCCCCUGCGUGGUUUGAAAAAACCCGGGCAUUCCAAUGGGCUCUUAUGGCUACUCUGGUCAUCUGGGCUUUGUCCUUUGCAUUCAGCAUGGGGUACCAUGACCUCUGGGAAGCAGCGAUGUCGUCCAAAGACCCCAAAAGCGACCUGGAUGAAUGGAUGACCAUGAGACCUCUUGCCACCAGUUUCUUCAUCUGGUUCCUGUGCUUGCUCACCUUGAUGAUGAUUUGCUACAGCACCCAUACAAGCAAGCAAAAGAAGUUAUACCACCCCCAAUCCAGGGAGCUCAUCAAACACCCCUUCACUUUCCUCCUUACGUUCUUCUUAUGCUGGCUCCCCUAUCACAUUCUCUACUUCCUUCUGGUGAUGUGGCUGGACUCGCCUGCCAGAUCUUCUCCGGGCUUCAUUUCAGGGUGCCAGGUGGCCUUCCUCCUGCCUUAUUUCAGCUGCUGCUGCGAUGCCAUCGUCUGCCUCUCCACAAUCCAAGAGUUUGGAAGUUGUCUUCAGCAGCCAGGCAGCCCACAAACUCCCAGGCACCAACACUCAGAAGUCCAGCAUUUGGAGACUUUGGCUUCAGGUUGCUAG